UUUAAUCUACUAAUUAAAUUUAACUUAGAUAAUAACAACAUAAACAUGGCCGUUACUCCAGCAGCAACUUCCAUAGUUUCCAUGGCGGUUACUUCUUCCUUUUUCUCUUGUGUUCUGAGUUCCCUUCCCAUGGCGGUUACUAUGCCGAUGAUUCAUUUACUUAUCUUUGUGUUUGCACUUGCUACAUUAUCCCCUUCCUCUGCGUACGAUCGGCUUUCGAAACCUCUUGUUGGAGAUGAUGGAAGAAUUUAUGUUUGUUCCAAUAAGAAGCUUUUUGCAUUUGAAAGCAAUGGUAGCAUCUCAUGGACCAUGCAUAUAGACUAUAAAUGCAAUGUUGCUGUGGCACCUGUUCAUGGAGGUUUUGGCAAGAUAUAUUUGAUAGCUGAUAACAGAAUAUUAAUGGUUAAACUGGAAAACAGUGGAACUUCUGAGCCUGUAGCAGAAUUAUUCUUUGGUCCAGGACCUGGUCAACAGGUAGAGACUGAAAUUAUUGGGCUUUCGGUAAGCACAGUAACCUCAACAGUGUUUAUAAACAUCAAGAAUCGAGGACUCUUUGCAUAUAAGUCACAUGGACGUUUACUGUGGAGUAUUGGACCUGUGCUUUAUAAAUUUGGCUACCAUCAAGGAUGCCGGAAAAACAUUACAGAUUGUUCCUUUGCAUCGGUCCCGGUGCUUGAUCAAUGCGAGGGCAGUAUAUAUAUCUCAAAUACAGAAGGACAGCUCUAUUGCUUGUCUAUUCGCGGCCGUCACUUUAGAUGGAUACAGGAUUUUAGUUAUUUAGACAGAAAUUUCACCAUCACCGCCGGGAACAAUGGUCGUUUGUAUGUAACAGUUCCUGUGAGGGCUCUUUUAUUGGCUCUAGAUGUCUUUUCAGGUAAUGUCUUGUGGCAGAGAAGUAUUGGCCCAUUAAGCAAAGCUGACUCUGUACCCGUAGUAGAUUCUAAUGGAUGGGUGUCUAUUGGUUCAUUGGAUGGAUUCCUUUACUCAUUUUCACCAACUGGGGAUCUUAAGAAAUUCUCAAGAAGAAAUACAGAUAACUAUGUGAUUCAAGUUGGUUCUUUUCUUGAUUGCUCUGGAUUUGCUGUCUAUACUUCACAGAUAGAGAUGGAAGGAAAAGUUAGCCACACUGCUGGUGAAUUCGCCACUGUUUCAGCAAUUCGACCGAAAGUUGCAUUGUUAACUAUGUUAGUUCCUGCAACUGGAUCAAUCUAUUGGUCUGAAAAUAAUCCUGGUCAACUUACAACUUCAUUAUCCAAAAGCGAUCUAAGUCAGUUUUUAGUAGAUGAGGAGAUUCUUCUCGCUUUCCUUGCUGCCUCAAUGCAAUUAUUUGAACGUAAAUGUGCUGAUGGCUUGGUCCCAAUAUAUAAUGCAGAGACUGGCAACCUACUGCAAUGCCGUACUACAGGUCAGAAGCUUGCAUCAAGCUGCUCACAAGCAAGAACCAAGCUUGUCAGCAUCUACACAGGAAAUGAAAGGGUGAUAGCAUUGUUUCUGCUCUUUGAAUCAACUGUUUUGGCAAUACUUAUUGGACUAGUAAGAUUCUGCUGUUCAUUCUGGGCAAAAAAGAAGCUUCAAGACCAAGGCCUUGGAAGUUUCCUUGCCAAGCGAUGCUCUCUUCAGCUCAAAAAGAAAGCAUUGGACAGGACAAUUACUGAGCUUGAGCGAAAAGCCACAGAGGAAGCAGCAGACAGAGAGGUUUUAGAUAAACUGGUUGAUAUGUCAAAAGAAAGGGAAGGCAUUCAGAGGAAGCUAUCAACCACCUACAGUUUGGGAAGGGAUAAAAGUGAUUCACAUGCAAGAUCUAUUCUUCCUUUACAAACAGGAAAAACAAAAAGCUACUCGUUCCAAGGGACACGGGGCAAGAACAUGACAAUGUUCCAUACAAUGAGUGACACAUCUUCCAGCGAAAGCAGCUAUGAAGGUGAGACCAGCAUGCUUGGCAAUAAGGACUCAUCAACUAAGGCAAAAACAAAGGCACUGAUGAUGGAAGAUAGUUCAAGUUCAAGUUCAAGUUGAGGUUCAGUAGUGAGAAAUUUCGAAGGAGUCUGCCUUAGGAGAAACUAUUAGAAUUUAGAACUAACACGGGCAAGGAGAGUUUAUGCAGAAAGCAGAGCAGCAAGCACAUGUUUGAAUGGAACAUAAAGCUUGUUUUGCAAUAGUAGUACCAAUUCUGGUUGUUUCACUAUGACAUAAUUCUGUAGAUAACUUUCUGUGUAGUAAUUUGUUUUAAAAAAAUAAUCAUAUGUAUAUGUUUCUAAAGA